AUGGCUGGCGCAGCAACCCGACGGCUGAAAAAGGCUGCGCGCAUCAUUCUUGUCGGUGCGCCGGGCGUAGGGAAAGGGACACAGACGGAGAGGUUGAUGAAGAGGUACCCACAGCUUGCAUCGAUCAGCUCCGGGGAUUUGUUACGGGAGAACAUCCGCAAAAAGACAGAGAUAGGACUCAAAGUCCAGUCAGCUCUGCUUGCUGGGCAACUGGUUCCUGAUGCAACGAUCCUCGAACUAAUAUCUACCGAGCUUACCACUAAAGGGUGGCUCGAGCCAACGCCCAACAUUUCUUCUACCUCAGCAUCUGCUACACAAACGUCUCCUGCUCCAUCAACGAAAAAAUCACUCAAAUCCUCUGCCUCUUUUAUACUCGACGGGUUCCCUCGAACGGCCGUACAAGCAAGUAGCCUGGAAUCUCUUGUCCCCAUCAAUCUAGUUGUCCAUCUUCUUACACCGCCGGCCAUUAUAUUGUCGAGGAUAGCGUCUCGAUGGGUUCAUCCUGGAUCUGGCAGGGUAUAUAACACUGAUUUUAAUGCGCCAAAGGUGCCUGGGAAGGAUGAUAUAACAGGAGAACCGCUUGUGCAAAGGGACGAUGACUCCACGGAGGUAUGGAAGCAAAGAUUCAAGAAAUUUGAAGAGACUAGCAAGCCACUACUGGAUCAUUAUGAAGGAAAGGGAUGCGUUUUGCGUAUCGAGGGCAAUUCGAGUGACGACAUUAGCCCAAAGUUGUUUGCCGAAAUUGAUAGACGGUUCUGUUGA